UUCACUGUAAAAUUCUUUCAACUUUCCUGUGUGUUUGAAAUUUUUCAUAUCGAAACGUUGGGGAGGGGGCGCGCCAUUAGCUGUGAGGUUGGAACAAAAUGCGAUCCUCGAGUUACCUCGUUUCCUCUUCUAUGUAAUGUGGAUAAUUGUCCGAUAUCGCCGAAUUGCUGAUAACAGCGACAAUGUCAUAAACUUUCCCCGCACUAUUAGUAGGCCCUCUUUCCCGCCACUUCCCCCCUCCUCCCACUUAUCAAGGGCGGCCCCCAGUUAAAAGAGGAAAAGAAAUGCAAGUCAGCAGCAAGUCCUGAAUCCCCAACUCUGCAUGUGGAAAAAACGCCUUUAACAAGGCUGGGGAGCAGUGGCAGCUCCUGUGUAAUCGCAUCCAGGUGGCCAUCACGUAAUGUGCGGCUCAGCAUCGAACCCCUUUAAUAUAUAACUCCGACCCUGAGAAAGCCCUUUGAGGACACCCCAGCAACUCCAACAAAGCCACCGCAAGCCAAUUUCUUACCCUCUUCUUCCAGACUAACCUCCUCCAAUACCUGGUAGGUCUCUAGGGGCCUUAGAAGAAGACUUUUACGCCCAGAAAUUACAGCCACAUUCUCUGACCCUACGACGUCCCACACCAGGCUGUUUAUUUUCCGUAAAGCCACGAAUGGGACCCUCGGCUGACACACCUCGUCUUUUGCCAGUCUCAUUUAGGAAACCCAAGCGUUACGGGUGCAGGCUUGCGAGGACAACGGUGCAAAUGUGCUGUGCUGCCUUAACCUCUGAAUUUAGGCAGGCCCUGCACUAAGUCCCAGAGCUGAACUUAGAAAACAACCCGCCCCGCUCCGCAGCGUACUCCUGGAUCCAAUACCGAAUUCCGCAGCUGACCGUGCGCCCGAGGCGGAGCCGACGCGGGGCGGGGCCACACCCGCACCGUCCCGCCCCCAGCCCUUUGUGACGUGAAACAAUGACUGCCACGCGUCGGAAGUCCGCGGCCGGAUGGUCACCCGGUGCGAGUGACAAACUUUAGUGUGCGUGCCCGUCAUUCCGUGGCCAACUCUAGGAACCAUGUCUUUCUUAUUCAGAUUAGUUGUUUUCUUUUACGUUUGGGGCUUUUUUACUGCUCAAGGACAAAAGAAAGAGGAGGGUAAAGAAGUUAAAAUAGAAGUUUUGCAUCGUCCAGAAAACUGCUCCAAGACAAGCAAGAAGGGAGACCUGCUAAAUGCCCAUUAUGACGGCUACUUGGCUGAAGACGGCUCGAAAUUUUACUGCAGCCGGACACAAAAUGAAGGCCACCCCAAAUGGUUUGUUCUUGGUGUUGGGCAAGUAAUAAAAGGACUAGACAUUGCUAUGUUGAAUAUGUGCCCUGGAGAAAAGCGGAAAGUGAUCAUACCUCCUUCAUUUGCAUAUGGAAAGGAAGGCUAUGCAGAAGGCAAGAUUCCACCUAAUGCAACAUUGAUUUUUGAGAUUGAACUUUAUGCCGUCACCAAAGGACCACGCAGCAUUGAAACAUUUAAACAGAUCGACACAGACAACGACAGGCAACUCUCAAAAACCGAGAUAAAUCAUUAUUUGGAAAGAGAAUUUGAAAAAGAUGAGAAGCCACAUGACAAGUCAUAUCAGAAUGCAGUUUUAGAAGAUAUUUUAAAGAAGAAUGACCAUGAUGGUGAUGGCUUCAUUUCUUUCAAGGAAUACAAUGUAUAUCAACAUGAUGAACUAUAGCAUAUUUUUAUUUCUACAUCAUCUUACCUACUUAUAGUACUUUAUACAUAAAACAAAGUCAUUUUUCUCAAAGUUGGGUUUUCUAUUUUUCCCCCAUAAGAAAGAUAUUUUGGUCCCCUUAAUACAUGUAAUUUUGGUAGAGGCUGUUCUGCAAAUUUAACUUUAAAGAAAGGAGUUAUGAUUGUG